UUUAUUUUUUUUUUUUAGAGUAUGUUUUAUAAAUUUUUAGGUGAAAUAUACUAUCUUGUUGAAAAAUUAAAUACAAGAACUUAUCGGCUACUACCAAGAUGUAAGCAGGGUUAGGAUUCAUAUGAAAAUAAACAAAAUACUAGUAUACAUGAAAAAGGGGAUAUAUGUAAUGUUGAAAAGGAGAACACCAUAAAAAACAAACAAUAAAAUGGAAAUUCAUCAAAAAAUGAGAGACGAGAUAAACAAUCUAUGAAAAACAAAUCUUGUAUAUUUGAAACAAAACUUUAUUAUAUAGAUUUUCUUAAAAAAGAGAGGUCAAUUAGUAAUAAAGUCUAUAAGAACAUUAUUCGUAAAAAAUAAGGAAUAGUAUCUGAUUUUCCUUUAUUAUUCUCAUUGUUAUCUAUAUAGUUCAUAUUAUAUUUGUUUUGUAAUUAUGGUCUUAUGGAUGGGUUAUUCAAAAUAUUUUAUACCUACACUUUAUAGAGUGAUUUGAGAUCUUUAAAUAAUUGGUUGUUGAAAUUCCUUCUUAAAUAAGUGUUUAAUAAGCCUAUGGAAUAUAUUACUAAGGAUAAUGUGAAAAAAACGUGCAAUACUGCUUUAGACAACAUUUUUGUUAUUUUCAUAUAUAUUAUAUCUUUCUUUAUGUUAGAUGUCACGCUUAUAUUAAGGAUUAUAUGUUACCAUAAAAUAAAAAUUAAAUUCAGAGGAAGGUAA